GUCAACCGUCCUGGCGAUGCCUGCUUGCAUUCGGCUGUUGUUCGGCUGCCGUAUAGACGUUGAGACUCGUUGGCAGAUCACGUUGGGUCAUCUUCAAGGGACUGACUGCCCAAGCCAGCCAGCCAGCCAGCCAGGCGGCCCACCAUGCCUCCAUGCCUACCAAUCCCACUCACCACCAAGCAUAUCCGCAAAUCGGGGGCAAGAUCUCUCUCUCUCUCUCUCUCUCUCUCUGACCACCUCUUUAGCGUACAUACAUUCACAGCGUAUCACAGCAGCCGGCUUUGAUUCGUCA